AUGCUUAAUGCCUUUGAUGCGAACGACUUUGGGCCUACUAUGGGCCAAAUCGGGGCCGCUGCUGCCGCUGCCGCCGCCGCAGCGGCUGCUCAGCAACGGCAUCCUGCCGUCUGUCCCCCAAACACUUCUGCGACACGGACUGUUCCCAUGUCCAUAGAACAGCAACUGCAGCUGAUGAAUUCCAUUAAUACAAUGGUGAAGAAUGGUCAGUUUACGAGUCAACUGGCGAACGUAAUUUUCGCACUAUGUGCGCAAUUGAAAACGUCCGGCAUAAAUUUGGAGCAGACGCAUCGAAAUGAACUGAACAAAGUGUUCGUCUCUCUACGACAGGCAUGCUGCAGGGACAAUGGACAAUUGGGGACACCGUGCAGACUGAAGAUUAUGGAGCUGGUCGAGCUUCGUGCUAUGCAUUGGAGGAGCAACUUGGCACAUAGUCAGUACUACCUCAACCGCCCGGAGCAGCAGCAGGAACAAGCCAUGCCGGCGCAACAGAUGGCGUUCCUUCCUCAGAAUCCCCUGUUCAUCCCACCCGAUACACCACCAGCAACGCAUCCUACGAACGCAGGAUUUUAUUUGAUUCCGGCGUCCGGUGGUUGGAUGCCACCGAUGAUUCCUGGGAUGCCGCCGAAUCCAUUCAUACCGCAGCCGUUGAUCACCCCUGAGGCGGUGCUAAUGCGACAGCGCAGUUUAAAAAAACCAAACCAAACGAAAUCGCUACAACUGCGGCAUGAAAUGAUCAUUCGAAACAGUGAUUCAGGCAAGAUCAUGGGAGUGAAGGGAAGACGAGUGGCUCUUGUGGAACAAAUGACGAACACUGUCAUUAGUUUCCAGAAGGUGGAUUCAAAGAGUAAGGAAAGAACACUGACAAUCACAGCCUCCUCGAUGGAAGAUAUCGAAAGAGCCAAGGACCUCAUCAUUGAAACAAUUAAAAGAAAUAUGAGUCCGAUAAGGCCGGAUCAGGCUGUACAUGAGUUGCCAGAAGAGGAAGACGAUGAGAAUGACAAUGAUAUCUCGAUUGAGACCACUCAAGAUGGCAUGCUCAAACUGUGCUGCUCUGACCCACAAGUUCUCCAGGCUGCUCAGGAAGCCCUUUCCGAGUAUCUCAGAGCUCGCGCUAGACCUUCAGCGGAGGAACGAGAAAAGCGUAAGGAACGUAGGAAGAGUAUGCCACUCCAAGCCAGUCAUCCUGAAACACCGUCAAAGCCAAUACGUUCGUUCCACGGAUCCACUCCGAAUCUGGCUGAAGCCGGUUCAGAAGCAGCGCAAAAAAAGACGACCCCGGCUAACAAAGGAAGUCGUACGAUGCGUUAUGAUCGCGCUUCGUUGUUGGAUAUGCGCUCGAAAGCUGGCAACGUGGACGUGGAAGAAGUUCGUGCUCGGGUUACAGCCGUCGCACCGGAAAUUCUGCGUUGA